CCCAGGCCUUGGGGCGGUGCUUUGUUCCUUGGGGGAGAAAGCCGGUGAGUUGAAAAAUAAAUAAACUGAAAAGCCCGUGGGUGAAAGGAGCAAUUCCGGGUGGAAGAAAAGGAGAAAGGAAGGGGGUGCAGAUUGGAUUCGUGGGGCCGGAGGGAGGCGAGGCAUUGUUCGGGCUAAGAGCAUCCGAAGAUCAGGAUCAGGCCAGAGGAAUCCCCAGUCCGGCGGCCAACAAGAUGCCACAACGGCAAGCCUCUCCAAACAGGACCUCCCCACGCGCGGUCCCCAAAUACUCGUUUCUAAGGGAAUAAAUAGCCAUUGGCACAGCCUUUGCCCUCUUUUAAAGCCGUUCUUGCAUUUUUUGGGGGUGGGGUUGGACUAGAUGACCCUUUCAGCCCUACAAUUCUAGGAUUCUACCUCUUGUACGGAGCAAAUUCCACGCGUGCAAAUUCCACCUUCUUUUGUCUGUCCCCAAUCUCCCAAUAGUAUGCUGUCCGUUAGUAUGCUUUUCAUUACGUUUUUAUUACUGAUGUUCCAUAAAACGUGUGUCCCCCCCCGCCUUUUCUUAAAUCAAAUUUUUAUUGGUUUUUCAACAAAUACAAUAACCCUUAAACACUUAUCCAGCAGUACAGCUAACGGUGUUUGUUUUAUCCAUCGUCUCAGGAUAAACGUUCAACAUUCAAGCAUAUUACUUAACAUAACCUCUCCACUGACCAAAAUCAAUAUCUUCUUAUACCAACCUCUCGGAAUGUGCUCUUAAUGUUGUACAAUGCCCUGGGGGUCUUUUGAUAAAUGAUGAUAAUAAUAAUAAUAAUAAUAAUAAUAAUAAUUUAUUUGUACCCCACCAUUCUGGCUGGGCUUCCCCAACCACUCUGGGUGGCUUCCAACAAAGAUUAAAAACACAUUAAAAUGCCACACGUUAAAAACUUCACUGAACUUCGCCUUCACAUGUGUUCUAAAUGUCAGAUAGUUGUUUAUUUCUUUGACAUUUGAUGGGAGGGUGUUCCACAGGGCGGGCGCCACUACCGAGAAGGCCCUCUGCCUGGUUCCCUGUAGUUUGGCUUUUUGCAGUGAGGGAACCGCCAGAAGGCCUUUGGCGCUGGACCUCAGUGUCCGAGCUGAGGGAUGGGAAGGAGACACUCCUUCAGGUAUACUAGACCGAGGCCGUUUAGGGCUUUCAAGGUCAGCACCAACACUUUGAAUUGUGCUCGGAAACAUACUGGGAGCCAAUGUAGGUCUUUCAGGACCGGUGUUAUAUGGUCCUGUACGUAAGCCAAAUAAAUAAGGACAAUAGUAAUCUUAUGCACACUUAACGUGGGUGUUAGCCCCGCUAAAUUCAGUGGGAUUUACUUCCAAGUAAGCAUGGGCAGGAUUGUGAUUGUUCCAUUGUCCCACUCAGAGCCUGGCUGGGAGACUUUUGGCUUGCUAGAUGUUGCCUGGGCUACAACUCCCAUCUUACCUGACCGUUGGCCGAAUGAUGGCAGAUGGAGUCGGUGGGAUCUGGAGCUCAGCAACAUCUGGGGUGGAGACCACAGGCUCCUCAACCCUGAACUAGAAGAUUUCAAGCACAUUUUGAGGCAAGAUGUGAUCCCCAUUCCUGAAACCAUCUCCUUUCCACUUUGUCCUCACAGGCUGUGGCACGUUUCAGCUCUGAGGGCCCUUUCAUCCUGAAGGAACAGAGAUGUCAGUAACACACCUGGCUCAGGUAUGCAGGAGGAUGAAGGUGCCAGGGAGGUGUGAGCUCAGAGAAAUGCUCUUUUUUCUCCAGCUCUUGCCAGCCUAUUACUAUUGUUAAUCCACUGAGCCUCUUGGGCUUGCCGAUCGGAAGGUCAACAGUUCGAAUCCCCGUUACGGGGUGAGCUCCCGUUGCUCGGUCCCAGCUCCUGCCAACCUAGGAAUUUGAAAGCACGCCAGUGCAAGUAGAUAGAUAGGUACUGCUGUGGUGGGAAGGUAAACGCCAUUUCUAUGCGCCCUGGUUUCUGUCACGGUGUCCCGUUGCACCAGAAGCGGUUUAGUCCUGCUGGCCAUGUGACCCAGAAUGCUUUCUCUGGACAAACACCAGCUCCCUUGGCCUGAAAGUGAGAUGAGCACCACAACCCCAUAGUCGCCUUUGACUGGAUGUAACUGUCCAGGGCUCCUUUACCUUUUUUACCUGCUACCCAAAGGUCUCCAAAGAACUCAGAACACAAUUGAAAACAUUAAUACAUUAUGCCCAGGGUUUGAAAUUCCCCAGGCGCGUUUUGCGACUGGCGUGAGUACUUCCACUAUGGGGCAGCUCUGUAAACUGGGUAGGGAAAUACCGGGAAAGCAAAAUGUCACUCAGAGAAGGAUCUGAAAUAUUUUCCUUGAAGCUUGAAUUUGUUUUAUUCUGGAUUGUUUCAUUUGAUGUUCUAACGUGUUGUAAACUGCUUAUAGUUUUUUUCUUUAAAAUAUAAAGCUGUACAGUUGUACCUUGGUUGUUGAACGCCCUGGAACUCGGACUUUUAGGCUCCCGAAUGCCGCAAACCUGGAAGUGAUUGUUCCGGUUUGCAAAUGUUCUUUUGGAGCCUAAAUGUCCAAUGGGGCUUCUGCGGAGUUUCCUGCAGCCAAUCAGAAGCCGCAAUUUGGUUUCCAAAUGUUUUGGAAGUCGAACGGACUUCUGGAACGGAUUCUGUUCAACUUCCAAGGUACGACUGUAUAGAAAUUAAAUGAACAACAACAAUAAACCCCACCGUGGGGGGCAGGGACGAUGCCUAGGCAUUUUGUUGAAGGCGCCAUUUGUUGAUUGGCUUAUAUAUUUUAACACUGGUUAUACUAUCAGUACAACCCUGGUGACAGCCACAAUAGGAAUAGCACACUAGUAGCAAAUCACUAUCACCUCAGUCUAUCAAAAGGCUGGGGUGGAGGGAGGUAAGCCUUUUCCUGGUACUGAAAACAUGUCAGUAAAGUCACCAGGUGGAUCUUGCUGGGGAGAGCAUUGCACAGAGGGGGAGCCACCACUGAAAAGGCCCUCUGCCUUGUCUGCACCUUCCUUAGAGAGGGGAUCUGGAGAAGAUCCGUCCAAAAAAGAUAUGCGUAGGUUCCUAUUGGGGGAGGCAUUCCUGAAGAUAUUGGAGUCCUUGUUGUUAUUUAUUAGAAAAGCUAUGAGCUUUGUGUUUUCGUUGCUGCCUCCUGUAGAAUGUUGCGAGCCUCCAUCCAUAAACGACUAAACAACAACAUGAGCUUUGUGUGCCCUCUUCAACCUGGGAAGUAAACAUGGCACACGUUGCAACCAUUUUUCUUUAUACAGUGGUACCUCGGGUUAAGAACUUAAUUCGUUCCGGAGGUCCCUUCUUAACCUGAAACUGUUCUUAACCUGAGGUACCACUUUAGCUAAUGGGGCCUCCCACUGCUGCCGCACAAUUUCUGUUCUCAUCCUGAGGUAAAGUUCUUAACCCGAGGUACUACUUCCGGGUUAGCGGAGUCUGUAACCUGAAGUGUCAGUAACCUCAAGCGUCUGUAACCUGAGGUACCACUGCAUUGGUGAAAUCAGCCUGUCCCUUUUGCAUUUCCUUCUUGUAGUCAUUUUCCCCCCCUUUCAGAUGCUCGUGAGCUUUGAAGACGUUGCUGUCUAUUUCACAAAGGGUCAGUGGGAUCUUCUGCAUUCGCAUCAAAAAUCUUUGUACAGCGACGUCAUGGGGGAGAAUUACAGCCAUGUGGCUUUCCUGAGUAGGUACUAUUACUCAUCAUUUUGUUGGGACAAGUAUGUUCUUAAUCAGCCAUCUUACACCCCUGUUAAAUGUGUGGGAGGGGAAGCGGGGCUAUUGGUUUCUUUCUUUGCUCUUGUUUUUAAGAGGUAUUUUGUGCUCUUAUGUUGCAUUUUUAUGUUGCGAACCGCCCUGAGCUCUGCGGAUGAAUGACGGCAUGCACAUUUAAUAAAUAAUAAUAAUAAUAAGGCUGUUCUGGAAAAUCAGUUGAGGGCAUUUGCCAGGUAUAAGAACACCUGAAGAAGACUUGCUACAUCAGGCCAAAGGCCUAUUUAGGCCACAUUCACAACAUACAUUGCAGGGGGUUGGACUAGAUGACCCUUGGGGUCCCAACUCUGCGAUUUUUAUGAUUCUAUACAUCUAAAGCCCUAUGAUAACAUUUUAAACAGUCCUGGCUUCCCCCAAAGGAUACCGGGAGCUGCUGUUUCUCAAGGUUUGCACCUUCAUUAUGCACCUUUACGCGCCAGGCAAAAAUGUUUCUUUUUAACCAGGCCUUUGGUUGACCUGACUGACAUCCUAUACCCUUUUAAAAUGUGGCUCUUUUUUGCAGUGUGUGGGUAUUAUUGGGUUAUUUUUAUUUUUUAUUUUAUAUAUUGUGAUCUUUUCUGUGAACCGCCCUGAGACCUCCAGGUAUCGGGCGGUACAGUGGACGCUCGGGUUGCAAAUGUGAUCCACGUGGGAGGCACGUCCGCAACCCGCAACACCACGUCUGUGCAUGCGCAAAGUGCGAUUUAGUGCUUCUGCGCAUGCGCGAGUGCCAAAACCCAGAAGUAAUCCAUUCCGGUACUUCCGGGUUUCGGCGUGUCUGUAUCCCGAAAACGCACAACCUGAAGCAUCUGUAACCCGAGGUAUGACUGUAUAUAAAUUCAUCAUAAUAAACAAACAAACAAACAAACAAAUAAAUAAAUAAGGGUGUCAAGAGUUUGGAGGCCCACAGGUGGCACUGUGGGUUAAACCACAGAGCCUAGGACUUGCUGAUCAGAAGGUCGGCGGUUCGAAUCCCUGUGACGGGGUGAGCUCCCGUUGCUCGGUCCCUGCUCCUGCCAACCUAGCAGUUCGAAAGCACGUCAAAGUGCAAGUAGAUAAAUAGGUACCGCUCUGGCAGGAAGGUAAACGGCAUUUCUGUGCGCUGCUCUGGUUCACCAGAAGCGGCUUAGUCAUGCUGGCCACAUGACCCGGCAGCUGUACGCUGGCUCCCUCGGCCAAUAAAGCGAGAUGAGCGCCGCAACCCCAGAGCCGGUCACGACUGGACCUAUUGGUCAGGGGUCCCUUUACCUUUACCUUUACCUCCUUCCCAAAGCUACACUUCCAAAAGUAGUGGAACAAUCAACCUGUCUUCACUGCCUCUGAUUGCUGUGCUGUUUUCAUGGGCUUUCUUAUAUUGCGUGUUUCAGUUAUGGGUGUUCAUAUGUGCAACUGGCUUUUGUACUUCGUAAAGCUCUUUGAAGCCAGUUUUUGACGUUAGGUGGUAUAUUGAGUAUUGAAUAGCAACCGGAACAGUAAUAAUAAUGUUCACAUCCUUACCCAAGUGGGGUCUCCAGUUCUCAAACCCGACCUGAUCUCUCGGCUGGAACAAGAGGAAGAGCCCUGGAUUCCGAUCCGCUGUGAGGUGGAUGGAGGGAAGACUCUGGACUCUGGACCAGGUGCGAAAUUAGACGAAGCCAGCUUUCAAAUAAGUUGUUUGGGAUUGUGCACGAUGCAAAAAUGCCCAGAUUUUUGUUGGACUACAACUCCCAUCAUCCCUGUUCAGGAGGGAAGAUCCCACUCGGGCAGGAAGUUGCCAGCAUGGUGGGGUGGUGCCACAAAGUUGCCCUCACGUAAGCCCCCUUGAGAUUAUAUUUCGUUGCCUUGAGAAUCGCGGUUUAGCUCACAAGGGUGAUGAUAAUCGAUGUAAUCAAAAUGGGGCUACCUCUCUGUGCCUGUUGCCCCCCUGCAUGCAUUUUCUUCUGCAUGUGGUAUUUGCUGAAGGAGAAGAAUUCCUUUCUGCAGAAUUCGCUCACUUUCUGAGGCUUGGUUUGAACGGAGCGUCAAAAUUCUGAAAUGGAAAUGGAAUUGUUCUCUGCAUUUUUUGUGCCUUCAGGUGCAAGAAGUCCAUACUCUCUUUGUGCUGGUGCAUCCGCUCCUCCUGGUGGAAGGGAUACAACUGAGGCAGACCCUGGGCAGGUAGGAAACUCUGACUGCAGAGCCCAGCAACAGACAUCUGUCAUUCGCCCACAUUGAGAAGCCAGUGUAGUGGAUUGAAAUCCCGACUGGGCCAGGGAGACCAGCAUUUCAGAUCUCUGUUGGGCCACUUGUUUUCUCUUGGCCACCCUGCCUCACAGUGUUGCUGUGAGGAUGGCAUCAGAGAGUCCCGCUAUGUGGCUGUGGGAGAGGGGAGGCAUACAAACUGGUACCUCGGGUUACAUGCACUUCAGGUUACAGACUCCGCUAACCCAGAAAUAUUACCUCAGGUUAAGAACUUUGCUUCAGGAUGAGAACAGAAAUCGUGCUCCGGUGUGGCAGCAGUGGGAGGCCCCAUUAGCUAAAGUGGUACCUCAGGUUAAGAACAGUUUCAGGUUAAGAACAGACCUCCAGAACGAAUUAAGUUCCUAACCCGAGGUACCACUGUAUUGUCUACAGAGCCUGUGAUGACUGGCAGAAGCUCUCCCGGGUUUCGGGAAGUGGGUGGCACUGUGGUCUAAACUACUGAGCCUCUUGGGCUUGCUGAUCAGAAGGUUGGUUUGAAUCCCCGCGGCAGAGUGAGCUCCCAUUGCUCUGUCCCAGCUGCAGCAGUUCAAACCACACCAGCGCAAGUAGAUAAAUAGGUACUGCUGUGGUGGGAAGGUAAACAGCGUUACCGUGCGCUCUGGCUACUGUUACGGUGUCCCAUUGCACCAGAAGCGGUUUAGUCAUGCUGGCCACAUGACCUGGAAAGCUGUCUGAGGACAAACGCCGGCUCCCUCGGCCUGAAAGCGAGAUGAGCGCCGCAACCCCAUAGUCACCUUUGGACUUAACCGUCCAGGGGUCCUUUACCCUUUUUUUGCCUGGGGUGCCAGGGAUUGAACCCAGACAGACACGAGCUAGCUGAGGACAGACUGAGUUGAGUGCCUCCACUGAAUCUCAGAUCAGAGCAAAACCACAUUUCGAAGCAGAUAUGCCACUAUUGUGUGUGAUUUGGGGUAGAAGCCUCUUUGGGAUGGUAUAUGGGGAAGUGAAGAUCUUUAGUUUGCACACCUGUUGUCGUCGUCAUUGUUGCAGAGACCAGUGACCUUUGAGGAUGUGGCUGUGUACUUUUCAGAGCAGGAGUGGGCCUUGCUGGAUCCGGCUCAAAGAAGCUUGUACAGGGAUGUCAUGCUCGAGAACUAUGAAAAUACAUCUUUGCUGGGUAACUACCUUGUCAGGUUGAAUCCUAACAAGACAGAAGUACUGUUUUUGGGGGACAGGAGGCGGGCGGGUGUGGAGGACUCCCUGGUCCUGAAUGGGGUAACUGUGCCCCUGAAGUACCAGGUGCGCAGCCUGGGAGUCAUUUUGGAGUCACAGCUGUCCAUGGAGGCACAGGUCAAUUCUGUGUCCAGGGCAGCUGUUUAUCAGCUCCAUUUGGUACACAGGCUGAGACUCUAAAAUGCAGCCUCAUUUUAAAAGUAGCCCAUAGAUCAAAACCAUGAGGGGAUGGAAACAUAAGGGUCAGGCUGUGCCCUGGCCAAAGGCCUGGUGGAACAGCUCUGUCUUGCAGGCCCUGCGGAAAGAUGUCAAGUCCCGCAGGGCCCUAGUCUCUCGUGACAGGGCGUUCCACCAAGUCGGGGCCAGUACUGAAAAGGCCCUGGCCCUAGUUGAGACCAAGAAAUGAUUGAUUCCUCUUUAUAAUAAUAAUAAUAAUAAUUUAUUAUUUAUACCCCGCCCAUCUGGCUGAGUUUCCCCAGCCACUCUGGGCCACUCUUUGAUGCUCUUAGCCUUUUCUCUCCAAACAGGGUCUCCUGUCCUCAAACCCUCCCUGAUCUCCAGCUUAGAAGAAGAGGAAGAACCUUGGGUGCCAGAUCCACAGGCCCUGGAGGAAAGGAAGGCCUUGGACUCCAGCUCUGGUGAGAGAGGAAGGAUGUGAGAUUUGUUUGCUUGUUUUGAGUUGAAGAGCAUUUAAACAUAACACUGGGAAACAAAAAAAUUGUUGCAUUGACACCUGCAGUUGUUCUAACCUAAUUUAGGGGUGCUGAUUUCAUAUCUGAAGUUGGUUUUGUUCUGUAAGCUCUGGGUUUUUUUGCAAUUCAUGCACCAGGCUUGUUUAUACAUUUUUGUCUACUUGAAGAAGUCAUGGUCCGAUCUGAAGAAUACAAAUAUUUAGGUUACAAAACUAAAAAUAAAGAAAAAUUAAGUUUGCAAAACAAUACAGUGGUGCCCCACAAGACGAAUGCCUCGCAAGACGGAAAACCCGCUAGACGAAAGGGUUUUCCGUUUUUGAGUUGCUUCGCAGGACGAAUUUCCCUAUGGGCUUGCUUUGCAAGAUGAAAAUGUCUUGCGAGUCUUGAGAUUUUUUUCCGCUUUCCCCUCCCUUUUUCUGAGCCGCUAAGCCUUUAAUAGCCUUUUAGCAGCUAAGCCGAUAAGCCGAUAAGCCUUUAAUAGUCGCUAAACCGCUAAUAGUCGCUAAACCGCUAAUAGCGCUAAUCCGCUAAGCCGCUAAUAGGGUUGCUUCGCAAGACGAAAAAACCGCUAGAUGAAGAUACUUGCGGAACGGAUUAAUUUCGUCUUGCGAGGCACCACUGUAAGUAAUUACCAUGUGGUUAGGGUAGAUCAACGUGUCAGUGUCCGCUUAUCCCCAGUGUAAAUAUGACGUAUCGGCAAAAGUCGGAAAUUGAAAGAUAACUAUAGCAUGUACACGAAAAUCGAUUUCAGAUUUGAAAUCAGCAUUGAAAGAACAUAUAAGAACAGUUGAAAAAGCUCGUGCAACAGAAAAUGAAGACAAAAUUUUCCUCAGUGCUCCCCGCCUGUUCCUGGAGAGGACUCUGCCUCAUGUUUUUUCAAACAUUUUAAUUUCCUCUCAGCUCUUUCUAAUUUGUUUAGGUUUGUAUUCUGUUAUUACUCCCUCAUGUUCUCAGCUCGUAAAAUGUCUCUGGUGUAUUCCUUUGUUUACAUGAGCGCUCUCUCUGUCUCCCUCCCAGCAGGCGACAAGAAAAAAAGGCACUUUUGCCCAGAUUGUGGGAACAGUUUUACGGUGCUAGCGAGCCUCGUGAGGCACCAGAGAUCCCACACGGGGGAGAGACCUUACAAAUGCCUCGAGUGCGGGAAAGGGUUUCGCGACAAAGGAGGCCUCGUCAAACAUCGGAGGAUCCACACUGGCAAAAAGCCCCACGAGUGCCACGAAUGCAGGAAAAGGUUCACGGAGAGAGACGCGCUUAUUCAGCAUCAGAAAACCCACCUUGGUGAGGGAAUUAUGGUCACCGUGCUUUGGGGUGUCGCUUAUUUAUUCGCACACUGCUCUGCAACAACUAAAGUUUAAUAAAAAUAGAAAUUUUAAUAGAGACAGACUUCAGCGGGCAAUAAAAAUCUACCAUAAAAGCAAAACCUAAACCAAACAGCCUGAGCAAAUAAGUUUUGUUCCCCUGUUCUGAAAAGAGGAUAAAGGCAAUACUCAUUUUAGCAUUUCCCCCCCUAUUUUUCUCCUCUUCAUUUUCUGUCGGCUACUCUUUACCAGUUCCUGCUAGACUUUUGCUUAACUAUAGCACAUUCCCAAAUAUCAAGAAGAAUUGUUCUUCGCUUUGUCAGCCCAUGUAAAUCUUUAUUUAUAAAUCAAUAAUACGUACGUCACAACCCGUCUCUCCCACUGUUUUUCAUACAUAAAUGCCUGACUGGUUUUAGUAAUAAUACUAAAACUACUACUAAUAAUAAUUUAUUAUUUAUACCCCGCCCAUCUGGCUGGGUUUCCCCAGCCACUCUGGGCAGCUCCCAACAGAAUAUUAAAAACACGAUAAAACAUCAAACAUUAAAAACUUCCCUCAACAGGGCUGCCUUCAGAUGUCUUCUAAAAGUCAGAUAGUUGUUUUUUUCCUUGGCAUCUGAUGGGAGGGCAUUCCACAGGGCAGGCGCCACUACCGAGAAGGCCCUCUGCCUGGUUCCCUGCAACCUCACUUCUCGCAGUGAAGGAACCACCGGAGCAGUGAAGGCACUCGGAGCUGGACCUCAGUGUCCAGGAUGGAUGAUGGAGGUGGAGACGCUCCUUCAGGUAUACUGGGCUGAGGUCGUUUAGGGUUUAAAGGUCAACACCAACACUUUGAAUUGUGCUUGGAAACGUACUGGGAGCCAAUGUAGGUCUUUCACGACUGGUGUCAUGUGGUCUCGCCGGCCGCUCCCAGUCACCGGUCUAGCUGCCGCAUUCUGGAUUAGUUGUACAGUGGUGCCCCGCAAGACGAAUGCCUCGCAAGACGGAAAACCCGCUAGACGAAAGGGUUUUCUGUUUUUGAGUUGCUUCGCAGGACGAAUUUCCCUAUGGGCUUGCUUUGCAAGACGAAAAUGUCUUGCGAGUCUUGAGAUUUUUUUUCCGCUUUCCCCCCCCCUUUAUCUAAGCCGCUAAGCCUUUAAUAGCCUUUUAGCAGCUAAUCCGCUAAGCCGAUAAGCCUUUAAUAGCCGCUAAACCGCUAAUAGUGCUAAUCCAUUAAGCCGCUAAUAGGGUUGCUUCGCAAGACGAAAAAACCGCUAGACGAAGACACUCGCGGAACGGAUUAAUUUCGUCUUGCGAGGCACCACUGUAGUUUCCGGGUCACCUUCAAAGGUAGCCCCAUGUAGAGCGCAUUGCAGUAGUCCAAGCGGGAGAUAACCAGAACAUGCACCACUCUAGACACAAACUCCUUUGCAGACACAGAUAUACCUGACAUCUUUCGAUUCUCAUUGUUAUAGAACUCAGUGACCUCAAAUUCCCAGGCUUCAAAAUAAUCUCUGGACCUUUCUGUUUUAACUUCGUCCCUGCCAAGCAUCAAGUAGGGAGGGAGAGAAGGGCAUUAGUCCUGCCGCCAUCAUUUCCCGAGGGGUCACUCCUUGCCUGCUUGGUCCCUUCGCAGGUGACCUGAGGAAGCGCUACCUGUGCCUCGAGUGCGAGAUGAGCUUCCUCAGCAAAGGAGGCCUCGAGAGGCACCAGAGGGUCCAUGCGGGAGAGAGGCCCUUCCAGUGUCCCGAGUGCGAGAAGAGCUUCUACGACAACGGGAGCCUGGUGAGGCACCAGCGGACCCACCGGCAGGACAGGCCCUUCCCCUGCCUCGAGUGCGGGAAGCGCUUCAACAUCCGCUCCAACCUCGCCAGGCACGAAAUCCUCCACAAAGAAGCCAAGCCCUUCCAGUGCGCCGACUGCGGGAAGCAGUUCAGCAGGAAGGGGCGCUACCUGAAGCACGCGAGGGAGAAGCCCUAUGACUGCCCCGUGUGCGGCAAGGCCUUCUGCGAGAGGGGAGACAUGGUCAGACACCGGAAUCAGCACCCAGGUGAGCGGGGCAGCGCCAGGGGGAUCUUCUCCAGGUGGCAAGGCCAUAAGAUGCCCUCACCAGGUUACUCCAGUACAGUGGCACCUCGGGUUAAGAACUUAAUUCGUUUCGGAGGUCCGUUCUUAACCUGAAACUGUUCUUAACCUGAAGCACCACUUUAGCUAAUGGGGCCUCCCGCUGCUGCCGCGCAAUUUCUGUUCUCAUCCUGAGGUAAAGUUCUUAACCCGAGGUACUACUUCUGGGUUAGCGGAGUCUGUAACCUGAAGCGUAUGUAACCCGAGGUACCACUGUAUCCUGUUUUCACAGCGGCCAGCCAGAUUAUGGAACUGGAAGGGACCACAAGGGCAGCAUUCGAAACUCCCAUGAUUCCAGGCGCAUUUUACGACAGGGAAUUUCAUUAGCGCGACUUUGAAUGUGUGCCUGUUCCCUAAAGGAGAGGAGGCUGAACUACACAGGCACGAGAGAAACUAAAUGGACGUGAUAUAUAUAUUAAAAAUGGGGUAUUAUAACAGAUAGAGAGAUCCUGUCAGGGGCCAUGCAAACUGCAGCAUGAUUUGCCUUACAAAAAUAGAGAGAGACACAAAUGUCAGUGUGUGUGUAUACAUAUUAUAUAUGAUUGAAUAUAUAUACAGUAUAUAGAUAUAUGCACAUUCUUCAGGUUACAUACGCUUCAGGUUACAGACUCCGCCAACCCAGAAAUAGUGCUUCAGGUUAAGAGCUUUGCUUCAGGAUGAGAACAGAAAUUGUGCUCCAGCGGCGCGGCAGCAGCAGGAGGCCCCAUUAGCUAAAGUGCUUCAGGUUAAGAACAGUUUCAGGUUAAGUACGGACCUCCGGAAUGAAUUAAGUACUUAACCUGAGGUACCACUGUGUGUGUGUGUGUGUGUGUGUGUGUAUUAGUAUUUUCCACACAACAACACAAAAAUAUCAAAAAAUAACAAUACACAAAACUCAAAAACCAACAUUCAAAAAACAAAAAAACCCAAAUCCAUAUCUUACAAGUUAAUAAUAUAAACACUAAAAAGAAAAACAAGCAUUGACUUCCACCAAUCCCACAGCACCUCCUUUAUCUCUCAUUGUGUCUUUCUGUUUUCCUUAUCACCUCUAUCCUAACAUCUAGAUAUAAAUCCCUCUUUCUUAUCCUUUCACUUCACAAGGUUAUUCCAGACUCAGCCAUUCUGCUCUUUGUUCCAACAGAUGAGCUGAGGGAAACGUUUGCCUGCCCGGAAUGCGGGAAGGUUUUUGGCAAGAAAUCCAGCCUGACGAGCCACCAGAAACGCCACACGACCGAGAGGCCCUUUGAGUGCUACGACUGCGGCAAGAGGUUCAAGAAGAAAGGGGACUUGGGGGCGCACCAAAACAGCCACACUGGAGAGAGGCCCCACAAGUGCUUUGAGUGCGGGAAGAUGUUCGGUAGCAAAACAGCCCUCUAUCAGCACCACCGGAUUCACACGGGAGAGAAACCCUACUCCUGUGCGGAGUGCGGGAAGCAGUUCACUCUCAAAGGAAACCUCGAUCGGCAUCGGAGGACCCACGUGGGAUGAGGCAAGAUGGCGGCAGGGAAAUGAUGUCUUUGGCCAGAAGCUGUGUGGCAGAAAAGGAGAGAGCCCUUCACCCUGCCUUUUGCGUGUGUGUAUCGAAUGACUGUCUGUUUAGAGCAUGGGUAGGCAACCUGAGGCCCGGGGGCCGGAUCCAGCCCAAUCGCCUUCUAAAUCCGGCUCGUGGACGGUCUGGGAAUCAGCAUGUUUUUCCAUGAGUAGAAUGUGCCCUUUUAUUUAAAAUGCAUCUUGGGGUUAUUUGUGGGGCAUAGGAAUUCGUUCAUCCCCCCCCCCUCAAAAUAUAGUCCGGCCCUCCACAAGGUCUAAGGGACAGUGGACCGGCCCCCUGCUGAAAAAGUUAAGUUGUUAAGUUGUGGGUGAACAUACCAGACGACACAGCAAUUCUUCAAACAGUUCUUGUUUAUUCACAGGCCAGAACAGAACUGAACUGAAGGGUUCAGCCAGCCUGCUUAUUUAGAGCUCCACUACAACGCAACAGUAACCAUUUUCUGUAACUAUCCAAUCACUGAACGUCACUUUCAAUCCUUUAUUUGCAUAUGUGGACCUGAGUGAAAACUAUCUACAGUAUCCCCCUGUUGGCCCAGGGUGAGAACUUCAGUACAUAACACCCCUGAUUUAGAGGAAGGCUCACCAACUGUUUUGGACCACAAGGCACCCAUUUUGAAUUUUGAGGGUGGGCAAGGCACCCAUCUCCCCUCACACCAAAAGCCUUACGGAGCCCCAUUUUAGGAAGUGGGAGCUGCUUGAACAGCGCUUUGCUGAGGCCACGCUUAACCCUGUGUAGUGGUUUAAGAGACUUGAGGUCAAAUCCACACCGUUCCUUCAAAGCAUGUGGGGCAGGAUUCAGCUAACUAGUCCCACUAGCAGAAGCCUGUGCAUUGAGGCUGCCCCACACGUCCUGAAAUAGGCUCUGGAGGUGUCAGGGAAAGGGAGGGGUGUUCGUUUUGUCUGGCUGGCUGAAAAGAUUGCACUGGUGGGACAAUCUCCUCGGCGCCAUAUUGAAUUCCUCACUCAGCUUCCCCCAAAGAAUCAUGGGAACUGUAGUUUCUUAAAGAUGCUGUGUGUCUUAGCUAUGUCAGAGGUAAACUGCAGUUCCCUCCCCAUGCCUAGUGCAAGGAUCUUAAUAAUGACCCAACCCUGUUUGUCAGGGUUAUAGAGUUCAUGCAAAACACUAUCAGCGUCCAUCUCGGAAAAGAAAUGUUACUCAUCUUUAUUAUUUUUUAAAUUUGUAUACCGCCCUGUACCCACAGGUCUCAGGGUAGUUCACAGGAUAAAAUCACAACAUCAAAACACAAAACACACUAUGGAAACAAAAGCCCUCCCCCUAUUUUAAAAGGGCAUUGGAUGUGAAUCAGCCCAAAGCCUGGUUGAAGUGGAACAUUUUUGCCUGGCGCCUAAAGGGGUAUAAUGAAGGCGCCAGGCGAAGCGCCCUGCGGAGAGUGUCCCACAAAUGGGGAGCCACUGCAGAGAAGGCCCUGUUCUCUCCUCCCUCCCCAAUUCCUGUUUGCCUAAUGUUGAGCAAGCAUGGGUAACCUGUGGCACAACAGCUCCCAUGUUUGCUGGCCCUUGACCCUAGUGGCUGAGGCAGGUGGCCGUUGGAUUCCAGUAACCUCUGUGAGGCCACAAGUGAGGCACCCCUCCUUCGUGUGUCGUUGCUGUCUUCCGUGUUGCGUGCCGCGUGUGAAAUAGUGCUGAGCUGUAGCAGCCCCUUGAGCAAUUUCCCCCUUUCGCAGUCGACUGCCAGGCUGUGACUCAAAACAGGAAGAGGAAAAUCUGACAGGUGAGUCCAGAACGCGGCCUUUCUCCUCUUCCUUUUUUUUUUUUUUUUAACAUUCCUGUUUAAUUUUUUUUUUUUUUUUGGGACAAAGUAAUAAUCAUAGAUACGAAUAAACAUGUGCACCCCACCAUCGAGACCAUUCCAUUGUAACUAUCCAACCUCCCAAAAUUUCAACACCUCUUGUGAUGGUUUGACCCCUUUCCAUUUUAACAGUAUACAAAUUCUACAAAUACCUUCCAUAUCUCCUCGAAAUCAUUUCUCCUGCAUAUUCCCCAUCUUACCUUAAUGGCACAUGUUAAUUUAUCAUUAAUAGCUCUAUCCCAAACCUCUUUAUACUAUUCUUCCAUUUUAAAUUCUGCUUGCCCCUUCCACUUCCUAGCUAUAGUACCGGGGGACUUCCUGGUGCUGACUUUUAAAGCCCCAAACAACCUCGGCCCAGUAUACCUGAAGGAGUGUCUCCACCCCCAUCAUUCAGCCUGGACACUGAGGUAGGGUUACCAGACGUCGCCGGUUCCUGGGGAUAGUCACCGGAUUUGCAAAUCUGUCCCUGGGCAAAUUCCGUCUCCGGAAUGUCCCCAGAUUUGUAAAUCUGUCUCCGGGAAACGUGACAACGGCAGCCUCAGCAGCCCGGAGCCAGCCUGGUAGCACACUUGGCUCUGGCUUCAGGAGCUGUUCGCUGCCGUGGCGCCCGCCAUUUUUCCUCACCGAAAGUCCCCAUAUGAUGUGUCUAAUGCGCAACAUAUCAUAUGGCGAGGAAAAAUGGUGGGUGCCAGAGCAGCAAGCAGCUCCUGAAGCCACCCAGAGCCAACUGCGCUACCAGGCUGGCUCCGGGCUGCUGACUGUCGCUGCCACUACUGAAGGGGAACCGGGGACAUCCAGCGGUACAGAUCUGCCCCCUUCCUCCUUUGUUUUGACUCAUCGGGGGAGGCUCGGGAGUCACGGCCGGCUGUUGCCCAGUUUUUAAAAAACUGCUUGUUUAUGUUUCACAGGGUGCAAAAUAAGGGCUAUGCACCUUGCCUGGCAGAGAAAUCGUGCGCCGUGCGCCCCUCCUGGGCAAUGCCCGCCUACCCGCGACUCCUGAGCCUCCCCCAGUGUGUCAAAACAAAGGGGGGAAGGGGGCAGAUCAUCGGGGAAGGCUUGGGAUAUGCAUGUGUGCUUGGGCUCAGGGUCUUUUGCCUCUCCAUCCCCACUACUGACUCCCUGUUGCUACUCAGCUUCAAAAAUAAAAAUAAAAGUGUCCCCGGGUUCAUUGAAAAAAAUCUGGUAACCUUACACUGAGGUCCAGUUCCGAGGGCCUUCUGGUGAUUCCUUCCCUGCGAGAAAUGAGGUUACAUGACUGGGAAGAUUCGAUAUCAGAAAGACCAAAAGUUUAUCGAGGACUGGGGAAAAUUUAAAGAAUAUCUGAAAAAUAUAUGUGAUGCACAGACAACGCUUGUUGGUUUUGAAGAGACUCUGUGAAAUAGUAAGAAAUACUGCAAAAAAGAGAGUAAGAGGAAAAGGAGUGGGGAAAGGCAAAAUCAUGUUUAGAAAUGCGUCAAUAAAUAGAAAUUUUUCGAAAGAUUGACAGAGAAACUGAGGGAAGUCAAAAAUUGAAGCAUGAGUGUAAAAUAAUUUGUUGAAUGUACAAAAUUUGUUUGGAAAAUGAAUAAAAAUUAUUUUUUAAAAAAAGAAAAGAAAUGAGGUUACAGG